AUGGUCAUCCUCGCAGCGUCGAUAUGUACUCGAGGGGGCAAAGCGGUGCUCUCGCGCCAGUUCCGUGAAAUCGCCCGUUCCCGGAUAGAAUCGCUAUUGGCAUCAUUCCCGAAGUUAGCAGAUUCCGGCACGCAGCACACCAUCGUCGAACAAGAUAAUGUCCGAUUCGUCUACCAGCCAUUGGACGAAUUAUACAUUGUCCUCAUCACAAACAAGCAGUCCAACAUCCUCCAAGAUAUAGACAGCUUGCAUAUUUUCGCCCAGGUCGUCACAAGUAUUUGCAAAAGUCUCGAUGAACGGGAGAUAUUGCGGAAUGCAUUCGAGCUCCUUAGCGCCUUCGAUGAGCUUGUCACUUUGGGCUACCGGGAAAACCUCUCUUUGUCACAGAUAAAGACGUUCCUUGAGAUGGAAAGUCACGAAGAGAGGGUGCAGGAGAUAAUUGAAAGGAACAAGGAACUUGAAGCGAGCGAAGCGCGAAAGCGCAAGGCAAAACAAUUGGAGAUGCAGCGCAAAGAAGCUGCCCGCAGCGGUCGUGGCGUGGCCCCACGAGCCCCAUCUUAUCCAGUCUAUACCCCGCCGACUCGGCCAACACCUUCUGAGACCCUCGACUCAUAUGAGGCGGAGAAAAAGAAGACUUUUUCUAAGCCAAUGGCUGUUAGGGGCAAGGGAAUGCAGCUUGGGAAGAAAUCGAAAGCUACCGAUAUCUAUGAGAAAGUUCGAAGCGAUCUCGGCCCUGACGCUGAAGACAGACCACUGGUUUCCCCGGCCCCUGCACAGGCUUUUUCAGAAAAUGUGGCUCAACCGCGCAGCUCUUUAUCCGUCGACCGCGAGCCUAUCCAUGUUACUGUGGCUGAAACCAUUUCCGCCAAGCUUUCCCGCGAUGGCUCAGUGAAGUCAUGGGAGAUAAAAGGCGAUCUUCAACUGCGUAUCACGGAUGAUACAUUUACAAAAGUGAAGCUUGGAUUAACAGCCAAUCCUACUCAUGGAGCUGUUUUCCGUACCCACCCUAAUGUCGACAAAGCGCUAUUUACAAACUCCAAAGUCAUUCAACUCCGUGACCCUUCAAAGAGUUUCCCUCACAAUAUUUCAAUUGGAGUCCUUCGAUGGCGCGUCACCGGCACAGACAACACAGACGUUCUUCCAAUUACGUUUACCGUUUGGGUAAACAGAGGCACUCAAUCAAGCACGGUUACCAUUGAGUACGAGCUCAAUGGUUCGGAACCACUACGAGACGUGGUUGUAACAAUCCCUUUCGGUGCUGUCGAGCCUACCGUGACGAAUUAUGACGCUGUUUAUGAAGUGACUGGAGACAGCCUGGACUGGAACAUUGGUACUGUCAACGAAUCGAAUGUCUCGGGCAGUUUCGAGUUCGAGUCUGAGGACCCCAACAGUGACGAGAAUGAGUUUUUCCCGAUGACCGUCAAGUUCCAAAAAGAAAGUCCCUUCGUGGAUGUUGAUGUGCAGUCAGUAUCGCUUAUGGAAAUGGAUGGGCAGGCUGUGAAUUUCUCGAAGGACUUCAAGACGGUUGCGGAUGGGUAUGCGGUUGAAUAA